AUGCUCCUCCGAGCCCUGCCUGUCCUCAGCGGCACAGCGCCGCCAACAAGAUGUUGCUAUACCAUUCUCCGCCUGUCGCAACCAGCGCGCAUUGGACGUCCACAUUACAGAGGGCAAUCCCGUGUAUUUAGUUCGGGGGGAAACGCCUUGAGGAAAGCGAAUACGCAGGACCAUUUUUCAGAAAAGAAGCUUAACCCCGCUUCCGAAUCUCCUGCCGUUCGGAUUCCCAAGGCUUCCGGCAAAAGCACAAUAAUUCGGAAGAACCCGAGAGAUGGAGGUGAUGUGACACCGACGAAGAAAGUGGAGUUUCUCAAUGAUGCCACCGUUAAUGCAAAAACGCAACGGAAAGCGGACUGGGCUAUUAUGAAAGAAAUGGCCAAGUAUCUCUGGCCUAAGGAUGAUUUAGGUACCAAAGCUCGAGUUGGCACAGCGCUCGCCCUCUUAGUUGGAGGAAAGAUUCUCAAUGUUCAAGUUCCUUUCUAUUUUAAAAAUAUUGUCGACUCGAUGAAUAUCGAUUUUGCAGUUCUUGGUGGCACUGCCUGGACAGUUGCGGGGACCAUGAUCGUUGCUUAUGGCGCAUCCAGAAUUGGAGCGACGUUGUUCCAGGAGCUCCGAAAUGCUGUGUUUGCAAGCGUUGCGCAGAAGACUAUUCGAAAGGUUGCCCAGAAUGUAUUCGACCAUCUGCUUCGACUGGAUCUGAACUUCCACUUAACCCGACAGACGGGUGGCCUCACUCGCGCCAUUGAUAGAGGUACAAAAGGAAUAAGUUUCCUCCUCUCUUCAAUGGUGUUCCAUAUAUUCCCGACAGCGCUGGAAAUAUCCAUGGUUUGUGGUAUCCUGUCCUAUCAAUAUGGGCCGAAAUUCGCUGCCAUCACUGCCGCGACCAUGAUAGCAUAUACCGCUUUUACGAUUACGACGACUGCGUGGCGAACGAAAUUUCGAAAACAAGCCAAUGCCGCUGACAAUAGAGGAGCUACCAUAGCUGUCGACUCUUUAAUUAAUUACGAGGCCGUCAAGUACUUCAACAAUGAAAAGUUUGAGGUUUCUCGAUACGAUAAGGCUUUAAAGGGGUAUGAAGAUGCGUCGAUAAAGGUCACGACGUCCUUAGCUCUGCUUAACUCGGGCCAGAAUGUUAUCUUUUCUGGUGCACUUGCCGGAAUUAUGUACUUGGCUGCAAGCGGUGUUGCUGGUGGUCAAUUGACUGUAGGGGACUUAGUGAUGGUCAACCAACUUGUUUUCCAGCUCUCAGUGCCUUUAAAUUUCCUUGGAUCAGUAUAUCGGGAACUGAGACAGUCAUUGCUCGACAUGGAAACGCUAUUCAACCUUCAGAAAGUUAACAUUAACGUCAAGGAAAAACCAGAUGCUAAGCCACUCCAGCUCACUCGCGGUGGUGAAAUCAGAUUUGAGAACGUCACUUUCGGCUACCAUCCCGAUCGGAAGGUUUUAAAAGGUGUCAGCUUCACAAUCCCCCCCGGCCAGAAGUUUGCCAUUGUUGGUCCUAGCGGUUGCGGAAAAUCGACAAUAUUACGCCUCUUAUUCCGGUUCUAUGACGUCCAGGGAGGUCGGAUUCUAGUUGAUGGUCAAGAUAUUCGCGAUCUGUCAUUAGAUAGUUUAAGAAGGGCCAUUGGUGUAGUACCGCAAGACACUCCUCUUUUCAACAACACCAUCGAACACAACCUGCGAUAUGGUAGAAUAGAUGCGACUGCGGAAGAAGUUCGGAACGCCGCACGACGGGCACACAUCCAUGAGCUCAUCGAGCGGCUACCUGCAGGGUACGAGACGCCAGUGGGAGAACGUGGGAUGAUGAUAUCAGGAGGAGAAAAGCAGCGGCUAGCGGUUGCCCGACUCAUUCUUAAAGACCCCCCUCUAUUAUUUUUCGAUGAAGCUACAUCCGCUCUAGAUACAUACACAGAGCAAGCGCUACUUCAAAACAUCAACAGCAUCCUCAAAGAAAAGGCACGAACGAGUGUUUUCGUUGCCCAUCGACUGCGGACGAUCUAUGACUGUGAUCAAAUCCUCGUGUUGAAGGAAGGUAAAGUUGCAGAAAGUGGGACGCAUACCGAACUGCUAGGGAUGGACGGGGGUGUUUAUUCAGAAUUAUGGAAUGCCCAGGAAAGAUCUCUCGCGCAAGACAUUGACCUCGAAGUCGAGGAGAUGGAUGCGGCAGUCGAGGAACCAGCGGACGAAGACCCAAUUAAAAAGCCCAAUCAACCACCACCGCCGUCGCCGUCUUGA